ACAACCUACAACACACAAACCUAGAGGGAAUGGGCGCACGUCUCACUUUAGUCGACUAUUAUUUGCAUUAUUGGUGACAUAUGUCACAGUCAGCACAGCCCGGCACGAUGCCCGCUGCCCCAGAUUCCCCCUCUCUCAGCGUGACCGUCAGCGGAAAUGUGCAGAAAUACAAUAUCAAGAAGAAAAAAGUGUUAAAUGCCGAGGAGACUGAGCUGUUUGAACUUACCCAGGCUGCUGGGAUCAUCCUUGAUCAAGAGGUUUUCAAGACCAUAGUGGACCUGUUGAAGAUGAAUGUUGCACCUCUGGCAGUCUUUCAGACCUUAAAGACCAUGUGUGCUGGACAGAAGGCCUCUGAAACGUCCACUGGUGACACAUCCACAACGUCCCACACCACCACUGCACCUUCAGAGUCUAAAGAGGAGGAGUGUGUGGUUUCUGGAAAGAGCGCUAAAACUGCAGCCCCUCCCACUUCCUCUGCAACCCGCCCACUAAGGGGAGGGGCUAAGAUAGUGGUCUACAGCUCUGGUGACACAAGCGCUCAAGUACGCAGUAAAACAAGUUCAGGGCAAGGGGAGAAGACUGCAAGAGAUGGUUCCAGUCAGCGGGUGCCACGGCAGGUCAGCGCCACCAGGGGGCAGAAGAGCGCCAAGAGUUCUGGCAGUAGCAGCUCCUCUUCUCAGCUCACCUCCAACUGAAGUUCUACAUAUUAAACUCACUCAAGUUACACUCUUUUGUUCCUGUCAUUGAGAUUCCUGAAGAAUUGGAAAAAAAAACUUUUUUCACUCUAAAUAAUUACAGUUGUUGUAAAGCCAUUAUAGUUAUCUCCUUUGGGAUACCUUGAGUGAAAAACCUCGUUUUACAUAAAAUUAGCAUCUUGAGAGACCAUAGCUGAAGCUUAUGCAUGUAAUUUUGUAUGGUGUAUUUUCAGCUGUGGUGUUGCUAGUGGGACCAUCAGACCUGAAUAGAGUUUACACAUUCACACCAAAACAGUAAUUUAAGAAAAAUGCAUCAAUUCUUUAUUCAAAAUGUUCCACUUUUGAAAUUUAACCUGAUCUGUUUGUUUUAGAGGACCCUGUCUUGAUAUUUACUAGACAGUGAUAUAUAGAUUGACGUGUGAAAUGCUGCUUAUAUGUUUUUAUAUUUUGAUUUAUUUUGUAUGCUUGUUUUCAAGUGUAUUACUCAAAUAGUACCUUUGCUUUUUGCUUUUGGUUACUUUUGCAUUUUGCUAUUGGUUAACAUACCCUCUGUAAAAACCAUGUCCCAAGUUUUGUACACAGAUACAUACUGUAUAAAUAUUUAACAUGAUGAAGCACAUGGCUGUGUAAACCGGUCUGCUAAAAGUCAACGCAUGUAUAUGAAGCAAAAUAAACACUUUUUUAUUAUUAUUA